CAGGUACAGCCUCAUUCCAGGUACGGCCUGCAAUCGUUUCAAACUCUUCCCCAACAUCCCCAUGAGUUCUCCCCCCAGACCGCAACGCACGUGGACCUGAGAACUGCUUUUGAGGCGCCUCAAAUGCGCAUGCAAUCGCGUUCUCUUCCCCAACACCCCCAUGAGUUCCCCCCAUGAGUCCUGAUAACGGGGUUUUGCGGCGCCGAGCUGUACGGCCUUCUGGAGAAGCACACGGGGGGUUCUGAUGCUGUCCUCCCCAUGCCCCUCCCCUCCUGUUAACCCCCAGACCGCCAUGCACGUGAGUCUGAUCACUGAGUUCUGUGCUGGGGGCGAGCUGUACUGUACGGCAUUCUGGAGAAGCAAACGGGCAAGCUCCUGCCGAGGCCAGCCUCAUUUCUUCAUCCUCCCCGCCUAUCCUCCCUCCCCGCAGACCGUUACGCACGUGUGUCUGAUCACUGAGUUCUGUGCCGGGGGCGAGCUGUACGGCAUCCUGGAGAAGCGGGCGGGCAAGGGACUGUCUAUACCGACCUCAUUUCCCCAUCCUCUUCCUCUCCUUUGAUCCUCCCUCCCCCCAGACCGCCACUCAUGUGUGUCUGAUCACUGAGUUCUGUGCGGGCGGCGAGCUGUACGGCAUCCUGGAAAAGCAGAAGGGCAAGCGGCUGCCGGAGGCUGCUGCGCGCUUCUUUGUGGCCGAGGUGCUGCUGGCGCUGGAGUACCUGCACUGCCAAGGCGUGGUGUACCGUGACCUGAAGCCUGAGAACGUGCUGGUGCAGGAGUCAGGCCACGCCAUGCUCACUGACUUCGACCUCUCUUUUAGCACGGAGUGCAAACCCAAGCUCGAGUUCCCCCCCCUGCCGGCUGACUUUGAGAAGCGCAAGAAGAAGGCGGCCUCAGUGGGGUGCGGCGGGGCGUCCAAGGGCCCCACGCCCUCGGAGCUCGAAUUGGAGAUUCUGCCCAUUCUGGUGGCGGAGCCAGAGGCCACGAGCAACAGCUUUGUGGGCACAGAGGAGUACAUUGCUCCGGAGAUUAUCAGCGGCACGGGCCACAGCAGCCCCGUCGACUGGUGGACGUUCGGGAUCUUCCUGUACGAGCUGCUGUACGGUCGCAGCCCCUUCCGCGGCCGCAACCGUCAGCGCACCUUCACCAACGUGCUCACUAAGGACCUCGCGUUCCCUGCCAAUCCGCCGGUGUCGGACGAGGCCAAGGACUUGAUGCGCCAGCUGCUCCAGAGGGACCCCGCGGCCCGCCUGGGCGCGAAGCACGGCGCCAUUGACAUCCGAGCGCACCCCUUCUUCAAGUCCAUCGAGUGGCCGCUGAUUCGCGACAUGAAGCCCCCGCAGCUAGAAGUGCCUGUAAAGGCAAUUUCGGGAGAGGCAGAGGAGGGUCGGCCGUCGACAGCAGAGGAAGAAAUGGACUGGGAUGAGAACGAAGCCAGGCCAUCCACUUCGCUUGACUACGGCUACUGACCGGGAGAAGAAAAAAAUUGGAAAUGUGUAUUGAGACAGUUCGUAUGUUUUAAUUAUGUGUGCAUGAAUGUUCUAAUCUGUUUGUGUAGUAGCAUGUUUUAGCUUAGGGAGCACAUUUGUAGCUAGCUUAAGCGUGAUCAAAGUGUGCUUGUGUGUACACUAGAUACCAGUCCAGUGAUUGUACCAGUAAUUUUGUACUGAGAAUGCCCUUA